AUGUGGAAGCACGAACCGACAGAGUAUGUCGACAUCUCGACCAUCGGUAUCGACGAUGUGCCGCAAACACCUGCGCCCCUACCUUCGUCCUCCGAUAAAGCAACCAUCAGCUACUGGAUGGCCACCACUCCGCAUCAUUCUCUGCCAGCUUCAAUCGACUAUCUGCCUGAAAAAACAGACGUUCUCAUCAUCGGUUCGGGCAUCACCGGGGUCUCGACCGCCUACCAUCUCGUCAAUGCAGUACCGCCUAGCUUGCCGUUCACCCCGAGUAUUUCAAAGAUCACCAUUAUAGAAGCGCGUAGCUUUUGUUCAGGCGCUACAGGUCGAAACGGCGGACAUUUGACCGCAGCUUCUGCUCUUGCAUAUACAGACAUUGCUGCGAAUCCGAACCAUCUUCUUGGCGAUCGCAUUUCGAGCCUGCAGGCGGAUGGCAUCAAGUCAGAGUCCGCCAAGGCGGUCGAAGAGAUUCUCACUUUUGAAGCAAAUACAGCCAAUGCUAUCCGCAGCAUCAUCGCUCAAGAACAUGCCGAAGAACAAGUUGGUUUCACAGACAACACAAAUUGGCAUGUCUGCGUGGAGCAAGCUGAGGUGGACGAGUUUGAGCACUCGCUCGCACAAGCGGCAAAGCACGACGGACUGCAAAGCUUCGUCCAAUGCGUACGCCGCGUGCCAAAAGACGAAGUCGAUCAACGAAUGAACAAUCCCACAGGCAUCGUCGCCGUCUACGAGAUCCCUGGUGCAACGUUGCACCCACGUAAACUCGUCAACGUCAUCUACAAGCGUGCUCAAGCAAUUGCUGCUUCCAAGAACAUUGUGCUCAACUUGGUCACUGAUCUACCGGUGCUCAAAGUCUCUUCACAGAACCAAGAGUACAGCAUCGCUUCGACAUCAAAAGGUGACAUUCGCGCCAAAUAUGUGGUGCAUGCUACUAACGGGUAUGCAUCUCACCUUUUGCCUCAUCUGAGCUCCAGCGAUGGUGGCAUCAUCCCCACACGUGCCCAAGUGGUAGCUGUUACACCUUUGCUAUCACAAUCACACCUUUGGGGCAUGGGCCUAAGUGCCGGCGGAGGCUACGAAUACGGCCACCAACGGCCGUUGACUGACUCCAGCUCUCCACCAUACAUCAUGGGUGGAGGACGUGAGUACGCAACGGGUCGAGAAUGGGGUGUUGCAGACGACACUUUGCUAAACCCGCAAGUGUCAGCUUUUUUACAUCCGUAUUUGAAGAAGAUGUUCCCAGAAUCAUAUGGUGACGAUCUAGAGAGCGAGUGGACGGGGAUCAUGGGAUAUACGAAAACCAAAGAUCCGCUCGUUGGCCCUGUGCCUUGGCCUGAGAAGGAGCAGGAAGGAGAGAGCAAGAGGAGCGCGAAGGAGUACAUCGCAGCCGGGUAUAGUGGUCAUGGGAUGACGAGGGCUUUCGGCUGUGCGGAGGCGGUGGCGGAGAUGAUCUGGGCUGAUGUGAUGGGCAAGAGGUGGGAGACAAAGUGGCCAUUCCCGGAGUGCUAUCUCACUGCUCCAGCGAGGGCUCAAUGGAACGCAGUCAAGGUGCAAGUCCAACCUUCACCGACCAAAAUGCAACAGGUCAACUCACAGACCUCUACUUGUGCAAGCACAGACGCCCCAAGGGCGAGCAAAGAAGCAAAAUGCUCUGUCUCGUCAAGCAAACCACCUUCCACCGGGACAUAUGCUGGCUGCUGCAUCGUCACAUGA